CUCGCGAGACUAUGAGCGGAAGAUGGCAGAUGGCUCUUCCUCGUAGGGUGUGUGAGUGUGUGUCGUUUGUUUACCGUUAGAUGCGUCGCCCCGGUGCGUGUUUCAUUCCCGUCCUUCUCCGUUGAGUCACCGGACAGUGUUCAUGUUGUGCGGGCUGCUGUUUUCCACCGCUCAUCUGUGUAAAUAUGACGGGAGAGAAGAUCCGCUCGGUGCGCAAAGAGCGCAAGGCGGGUUUGGAUCUGCUGGAGCCGGACGAGGAACCGGCGGCCACCGGGCCGAUAAAAGCCAACCGAGGCAGCAAGAUCUUCAGCGGCAGCAACCACAAGAUCACCCGCUCCAGUUCUCAGCAGAACCAGAACCACGGGGACACUGACAGCGCGUACCCCGUGCAUGAGUGUGUGUUCAGGGGAGACGUGAGGAGGCUGUCAUCGCUCAUCCGAACUCAGAACAUCGCGCAGAAAGACGUCCACGGAAACACUCCUCUUCAUCUGGCGGUGAUGAUGGGGCAUAAAGAGUGUGCUCAUCUCCUGCUGGCCCACAAUGCACCAGUGAAGGUGAAGAACGCUCAGGGAUGGAGUCCGCUCGCCGAGGCCAUCAGUUACGGGGACCGCCAGAUGAUCACGGCUCUGCUGAGGAAGCUGAAACAGCAGUCGAGAGAGACCGUGGAGGACAAGAGGCCUCGUCUCCUUAAGGCUCUGAAAGAGCUCGGGGACUUUUAUCUGGAGCUCCACUGGGACUUCCAGAGCUGGGUGCCUUUACUGUCACGGAUCUUGCCCUCCGACGCCUGCAAGAUCUACAAACAGGGAAUCAACAUCCGUUUGGACACUACACUGAUCGAUUUCACGGAUAUGAAGUGUCAGCGAGGAGACCUGAGCUUCAUCUUCUGCGGAGACGCCGCUCCCUCCGAGUCCUUCGUGGUUCUAGACAACGAGCAGAAGGUUUUCCAGCGGAUUCAUCACGAGGAGUCUGAGAUGGAGACGGAGGAAGAAGUGGACAUCCUCAUGAGCAGCGACAUUUACUCCGCAACGCUUUCCACUAAAUCCAUCACCUUCUCGCGCGCGCAGACCGGCUGGCUCUUCCGAGAGGACAAAACGGAGCGUGUUGGGAACUUCUUGGCUGAUUUCUACAUGGUCAACGGUCUGGUUCUGGAGUCCAGGAAGAGACGCGAGCACUUGAGCGAGGAGGACAUACUGAGGAACAAGGCCAUCAUGGAGAGCUUCAGCAAAGGCGGGAAUCUCAUCGAGCAGAACUUUGAGCCGACGAGGCGCCAGUCGCUGACCGCUCCGUCCCCGAACACGAUCUCCUGGGAGGAAUACAUCACCGCCGAGACGGGAAAGGCUCCUCAUCUGGGCCGAGAGCUCGUGUGUAAAGAGAGCAAGAAGAACUUCAAGGCGACGGUGGCCAUGAGUCAGGACUUCCCUCUGGGCAUCGAGUCGCUGUUAAAUGUUCUGGAGGUCAUCGCACCCUUCAAGCACUUUAAUAAACUCAGAGAAUUUGUUCAGAUGAAACUCCCACCUGGAUUUCCUGUCAAAUUAGACAUCCCGGUGUUCCCCACCAUCACCGCUACCGUGACCUUUCAGGAGUUCCGCUACGACGAGUUCGACCAGUCCAUUUUCACGAUUCCCAGCGAAUACAAAGAGGAUCCCAGCCGCUUCCCUGACCUCUGAGCCGUCCCAACUUACCCCGUCGACCCCGUCUCCAUCUCCUCCCGAGACGUUUGCAGAUGGAGAGCAGCGAGCUUCAUGUAGACAACACUUGCAACACGGACACAAAGGGAUCGUGCUGAAAGAAAACGGGUUUGCACUACAUGACAACACCGAGUUUCGCGAGAAAGAAGCUCGGGACAUUACGACACGCUAGAAACACUUCACAUCACUGUAACUGGCAGGAAAUAUGGCAUUAUAAAUUAUUACAUAAGCCGCGUUUUCAGAUAUAUAUAUAUCUUUGUACAACUGUUACAAACUUGUAUACUUCACUUAAAGGAAACGUGUAUAUUUAGGAAAGAAGUGGGAGGCGUGUGUGUGUGUGUGUGUACAUGAUUUGAAUUAUAUGUCAUUUCUACAGUGUAUAUAUACCAGCUUGUCCUUUUGUGUUUUUGUUGCAUUAUGGGAAAUGGGCUUGUCACGUUCUCCUUCACUGUGUUUUCUUUGCUUUCUCACAUCCUAAUAACUAGUGUUCCCGAACCGUGAGGAGCGCACAGAGCCGGAUGUAAAUGUAGCAGGAACGUUUCGAUGGACGGGAACUUUCAGCCGCUGCAUCCCGUCGGUUUGGUUUAACUUUUUCACCUUGAUAGAUGGAUGUAAAUAAUUUAAAUUUAAAAAUGUUUUCCAAUGUAGUAUAAUUGACAUGUAUAACUGACGAGUACGUUUAUUGAGAUAUUACUGUGGCGUUUCCAGAGACGUUUGGUGAUACGGCUACGACAUCUUUCUGGAGUGUUUUAUAUGUUUUUGCUGUGUGCCGAGGGAAAAGAAAAUCCUGACAUGUUUGCACCAGCAAAAUCCCUUUGGAAAAUGUUAUUUUUAUGUUUUAUGAGUUUCGUUUUUUCCUCCUCAGAAUGUAAACGAGCUCCAACACUUCCAUGACCCACUACUGGCUAGUGUGGACAACUCUUGUGUUUUACUGUAUUCCUUUUUUAUUUUUAAUACCAGCUUCUUUCCCUGUGUUUUUCAUUGUUUUUAGAUUUGCUUUGUCUUCAGUACUCAAGAUUUUCUCCCAGAUGCAUUGAGCUCCUUGAUGUACAGCAGGAACCUUGUAUGAACCUGCUGGACUUUUACAUGACAAAUUGUAAUUAAUAAAAUGUCCACGUAUCAA